CUCCGCGCGCGCCCCCGCCCUCCGCCUCGCUGCGCGGCGCUUUCCCCUCCCUCUCCCGCCCUCCCCCUUUUUCGUGCCUUGAGGUUGCGGGUCAGCGCGAGCCACUGCAGUGAGUCCGUCACGGCUCUGGCGCGAGCGCUAGGCUGCAGCCCCCGAGCCGCCUGGCCCCCUCUUCCCCCCUUUCUCUCUGCUUCUCUGUCUCUCCCCUUUCUCGCCGUCUCUCCUCCCGCUCUCUCUGUCUCCGAAUCUCGACCUUAAUUUCUCUUCUUCCCUGCCCGCUCCCGUGUGCCCAGUCACCCGGCCGGCGCGGGCCCCGAGGCACCGCCUCCCCUCCCCCAGCCUGCACCCCCUCCCCCGCGGGCGUCCCGAGGGCCGCAGCCGCCUCAGCCCAGCACAGCUGGGCCGCCGCCGCUUCCUGCGGGAGCUCUUCUGAGCGCCGACACUCGCCUCCUCCCGCGCGAGCCGCCGAUCGCCGAGCAAAAUGGGAAAUGAGGCAAGUUAUCCUUUGGAAAUGUGCUCACACUUUGAUGCUGAUGAAAUUAAAAGGCUAGGAAAGAGAUUUAAGAAGCUCGACUUGGACAAUUCGGGUUCUUUGAGUGUGGAAGAGUUCAUGUCUCUGCCUGAGUUACAACAGAAUCCUUUAGUACAGCGAGUAAUAGAUAUAUUUGACACAGAUGGAAAUGGAGAAGUAGACUUUAAAGAAUUCAUUGAGGGAGUCUCUCAGUUCAGUGUCAAAGGAGAUAAGGAACAGAAGUUGAGGUUUGCUUUCCGUAUCUAUGACAUGGAUAAAGAUGGCUAUAUUUCCAAUGGGGAACUCUUCCAGGUGCUGAAGAUGAUGGUAGGGAACAAUCUGAAAGAUACACAGUUACAGCAAAUUGUAGACAAAACCAUAAUAAAUGCAGAUAAGGAUGGAGAUGGAAGAAUAUCCUUUGAAGAAUUCUGUGCUGUUGUAGGUGGCCUAGAUAUCCACAAAAAGAUGGUGGUAGAUGUGUGACUCUUUUUUAAAGAGUACCACCCAACACUUUUGCUUUCUUCUCCAUCUCUGAAGAUCUGCUCAAGACGUCCAGCAAUGCUCUCUGUGUAUUUAAAUGGAAGUAUUUUUCUCUGUGAAGCCACAUUUUCCAUCACGAGCCUCAUGAAGCCAACUAAGUGUUAUUGAACUCUAAUUCUCUCAAUAACUCAGUGUAGCACUUUAAAGUCUGAAGGACAGCAACAUGAAAAGAGCAUAUCAAUGUGGUGAAGAAAGGGAAGGGGUUGGCUUUUUAAUUUAUUUUUCUUCAUCUUUUAUAACAAGAAAGUAUCUAUAUAUACAUAUGUAAAUAUUUAUAUAUAGAUAUAUGUAGCUUUCUAUAUGUGUAGUAGGUUGGCUUUAAUUUAAUCUACUUGAUUCAGAAACAAAACGAUAGAGUACAAAAGUGCCAAGCAGAACUUAAAACAUCCUUACUUUUAUUUCACACAGUUUUAUAUAUAGAUAGAAAAUUGUACGAUUUGAGCCGGGUGUUAGGCCAGCUGUUUUCCUUUUCCUGCGCUUUCUCCUUUGAGAGAUUGACAAAGCAUUUGUUAACGUCCUAUUAUUUACCUUAAUUACAUUUUUUGUAACAAAGGAGUGUGUAAUUUUCUUUCUACCUAUGAAUAUAUUUCCAGGGACUGUGUCUCAUUGCUGAGCAGCUUUUACUACAUCUCUGCUUGAGGAGAAAGUAUAGUGCAGUGCUUCUGCCAAGAGCUCAUUCUUGUGUUCAUAUAGUAACUGCACAGAGCUUGUGGCUGCUUCGUUACUUCUUAACUAGGAGCCAUUACAUUUAGUAAAUGUCCCUGAGUCAAUGUAA